UUUUGGGCGUCCUCUAUCAUGCUACACUUCAAAGUUCGUUGGUCCGGAAAUUGAAAAAAAACAGAAAAAAAAGAACACACUUUACAUUCAAGUACAUCUAAGUGAAGUUAAACUAAUCUAAUCCGAUGGAUUGGUAGACAGUUAAAGUGGUCUUCAGUUGACCUGUGAAAGGGUGUUUCUCAGUUAAGCAAUAACAAAAUGACCACAGUCUGGACAGCAAGCAAUCUACGUCGACAAGAUGGACGUUAUAACAGUCUAUCCAGAAGUUUAGGAUCUUUAAUGUCAAUUGUACUCGAUGAGGAUAAAUCUCCAUCCGUGUUGAUUUUUUCUAAUCAAUCACCAAGAGAGACUAAUUUACAAACAAGUGUCUCUGUUGGUGAUCGAGUCGGAGAUGAGAAUAUUUUGCCGUUAAAUGGAUUAAGUUUUCGUUCAUUACAAACAGACUCUUCUUCAUCGAUUGCAUUUGUUGGCAAAAAAAUUAAACGUGAAUAUCAAUCGGCGUUUGUAUUGCCUGAUAAACAAACAAUUGGUAUUAUUCGUCAAGAAGCGUUUAUGACUGAAGAAGGUUUAGCUCAAGUCACGCUUAGUUUAUGCGUUUCGACUCAUUUAGAUGGUUUAAAAGUUAGUAAAAGUGAAAGAAUAUGUGAUUACCUUGAUACGGACUAUUGGGCUUCCAUUUUAUUAGCUUCCACUGAAUCUCACGAUGCUGAACUAUUAGGAUAUAUGGGACCUGAAUAUACUUCAAGAAAACCUAAUCGUUUUAACUUUGAACGUUCUGAAAGCCGACGACGUAAACGAGAAAUUGUGCUUGUUCAAGAAGAGAUUGAAGAUAGCGAUGAGAAAGAUAAUGUUGGGCAAUUUGAUGGUAGCAAUAUUUUGCCUGAAAGUGUUACAGUGUACGAAAAAGUAUAUCAUAAAGAAAAGGAUGAAUGUGAUCCCCAAACACAUCGAUUAAUCUUGCAUCCUCCACCACCCCUUCCACCUGCACAGCUGCCAGAAUCACCGCCGCCUUCACCACCGAAAACAUUAAAAGUAUCUGAAAGAAAUGCUUCACCAAAACCACAACUAACUUCGAGUAGAAAUUCAUGUCAGCCAAAAGAACAAGCCCCAAUAAUUGGACGGGCUGAACCACCUGGAAAAACUAAACCAAUUGUAAGUAGUCCGAAAUCUAAAGAAAAUUUUGAAAAACUUAAACGUCAAUGGAAUAAUCGUAUUGCUCAAAUGCAAGAACAUUUAGAUAAUCAGUAUCGCGAUACACCAACAUCUCUACCACAAACUUAUACAGAAGGACAUCGUGGUUCUACAGUUACAUCAAUUCUCCCCACAGUAGAUAAAAGAUCUUCUGAUCCAUAUGUAAAAAGUCGAAUUUCAUCUACUGACCAAAGACUCUCCCCUGAACAAGCAUAUGAUCAUCAAUCUCUUCCGGAUAGAACUUCAAUUGAUCAUGGAUCAAAUAAAGAGAAUUUUAUUUUUCACAGCUUUGAUUAUAUCAAUUCAUCAUCACCGGGUUCCGGUGAUCUAGUGGAUCCGGUUACGGAACGUUGUGAAAAAGAUGCACAAUUUAUCUAUAGUCAAGCAAGACUAUUUGUUAAUCAACAAAAUAUAGGCAGAUUAAGUCCACGAAAAUUAUCAGAGAGUAGUUCAAUGAAUGAUAUAACUAAAUUGAAGACAACCAAUUUAAAUCAUCAACAAUUUGAACAAUUAUUAAUAGAUAACACAGUGAAAUAUACUGAAUUAAACAACAAUAAUCAAUCAUCAAUAUCAUUUCUAAUUGAUAAAUUGAAUAUAGAACAAUCAUCGGAACAAGCUUAUAUUUAUCAAUCAAUUUAUUCACGUUAUCCAAUCACUAUUAAAAAUAUAAGCUCAUAUCAUCAAAAUAAUAAUAAUAAUAAUAAAUUGAUUACUAAUAAAAUCAAUAAUCCUAUGAUCAUGAAAGAAUUAUUCAAUAAAUUUGCAAAACAUGAAUUAAUAUUAAAUCGUGAACCAACUUAUUCAUUUUAUAUACCAAUACAAUUAUCUACUACUGAAUUGAAUUUACAUCGAUAUAGUAAAACAUUACCAAGAUAUAAUAAUAAAUAUGAUAUGAUUAUCCAUGUCAAUGAUUUACAUAAUUCAUUAGACAAUAAUAAUAAUAAUAAUGUACAAUAUGAUAUGAAUAUGAAACAAUCAAUUAGACAUAGAAUGUGUACAUCGUUACCACGUACAAAACAUGCAUUACUUUAUUAUUCUCAACCAAUUAGUCCAAGAAUAGUUUCAAAUUCUUCCAUAGUAGAAGAUCAACGACAACAACAACAACGAGAUAUUCAUUCAGAGUUUAGAAACGGAAGUGAUCUAACCUAUCAUGAAAAGACGAGUUAUUCAGACUUUUAUUAUAAAGAUGAUCCAUCAACUGAUAGAAGUGAGGAAUUUAUAAAAACAUUCACUAAAUACAAAGCAUCAUCAGAAAUAAACUAUUCAACAAAGAAUAGAAUUCUUUUAGAUAUUGAUCAAAAUCAAUCACCUAUUUUAACAGGACCACAAUUAUAUCCAUCAUCAACUGAUCUAAGUUCAUUACUAAGUCCUAAAGGUGAUCAUUUCAAAAGUUAUCUAAAUAGAUACGUUGAACGAUCAGAAAAAUAUUGGAGUCUUCCAAAAAGUUAUUUCAUAGCUGAUGAACCGAUUAACAAAAAUGAAACAACUACUAAACAAUAUGAUUCAAUGAAUGAUACAUUGAAAGAUUUUAUAUAUGAUAAAUUCAAACCGUUAUCACCAACUACAGAAGCAAAAACUGAUAUAAAACUAACAUCAAAUCAAGAUAAAGACGAUUUACAUCUUCUCUUUUUAAAACCAUACAAAUCUUAUACAACAAUUACUACUAAUGAAAAGAGCUCACAACGAAUUAAAGAAAUAAAUGAAAAUGAGAAAUUCAACACUGAUGACCUCUUAAGUAAAGCAUAUUAUGAUGAAAUGAAUCGAUUGAGUAAAAGAAAAUCAUUAAAAAUGGAUGAAUUAAGUAGUACAUCAAGUUUAAGUAUAUUAGCAAAGGCAUAUGAGGAACAAAUAGAGAAGCAUAGAAAAUCGAUUUCAAUCAAAGGAAAUGAUAGUAAAACUACUACUGAUGAGUUAGGCGAACAUAAAUCUUUAUCUAAGCCAAUGAAACAAAUUAAUGAACAAGAGAAUAAACUAAUGCAAAGUGAUAUAUUGUCUGAUCAACAAGGGAAUAAUUUAACUAGAGAUGAAGAAGUUACAAAGUUUGAUGUUCAAAAACCGUCAAAACCUGAAGAGAUUCCGAAUUUACCACCCUCUGUAUUAGACAUUAAUAAACGUUUAGAACAAUAUGAUCGAAUAAGUAAGCAUAAAGAUUUAAAACCUGACAUUACACAUCAACUUGUCACUGAUGAUAAAAUUUCUGGAAAACCACAUAAAGAUCAUCUCAAUGAUCUGAUGUUAAAACAACAAGAAUUAAAGCAUCAUCGACAUCCUCCUCCUCCAAUUCAUCAUCAGAAAAGUUCUACAAAGGAUGAAAUUUUGGAGAAAUCCACUGAUGAUACACAUAAACGUUCAUGUGACGGUCCAAUGUCAUUUGCGAAAUUCAAAAAGAAUAUGAUUUCAGAUAACCUGCCAGUGGAUGAAGAGCAUAGCCAUCAUCAAGGUCGCCAUCUGUCUCAUGACGAGUCAAAAGUUUUUUCAAGAGAUUCAAAGUUUAGAAAGCCAAUACAUAACAAUGAAGGCCAAAUUGGAACUCCACUUGCUCCUAAACAUAGCUUUGAAGACAAACAUACCAAUAAGAGUAAGAUGGAGCAACAAAUAAAAACGGAAAAUCCGAAAACACAACCUUUGGAUACAAAAGCUUCACGUAAUUCAGAAGAAAACCAUGGAGAAUCUGUGAAAGGCCAAGGACGAAGUGAACUUGUUAAACGAAAUAAAACACAUCAUCAGUCACUAAGAUCUAAACAAAACAAACCUCAUACAUCUAUAACUUCAAAAAAUGAUCGUAUUUCAUCUUGGGUUGAAAAUAGUAGAUAUCAAACAAGGCAACUAUUACAAGAUGGUAUGAUUGACGUCGUUCCUCAGGCUCAACCUCAAAAAUCUGAUUUGAAAAGACAUCAGUCUUUAAAUGAAAAACGGAACUCCUACAAAACUGAUGACAAAAUGAAAUAUAGGCAUUCUGAUGAUCCUUCAAAGAAGUCCAUAAAGAAGGACAGUAUAACUUCUGAUUACAUCGCUUCUAAACUACCUAAAGCACAUUACAAAUUAAAUGAUCAGAAAGAUCCUACAAAACCAUUGGAUAGUAAUCAAAUGAAUAAAAUUGAUAGUUUAAAAGAUACUCAUAAGAAAUCAAUCAUUGAAAAACAACAACAAGACCGAAAUAAUAAAGAUAAUAUUGUAAAAAUACCGGACAUAAAACAGGAAGAGAAAUAUCCAUCUAAAAGUGUGCGUAAACAACAUCCUUCCAAUGAAGUAAAUAAUCUGGAUGUCGAACAAUCUGUUGGAGAAAUUCCACAUCAUUCAAAGCAGUACAAUCCAAGUAAAAUUAAACAACCCUUAAAAGAAUGUGAUGGUAAACAGUCAAGACUAUCAAUAAAAAAGCAAGCAUAUACAAAAGAUAAUGAUGAUGAUGAUGAUGAUGAAGAAGGCAAGAGAGAAAAUCUUACAAAAAACACUGAUGAAGUAUUAAAUCAGUCGAAACAAUCCAGUGAAUUAGAUCAACAUAAAAAAAGAAAAGAUAAUGUACCAUAUCGAACAGUUGAUCGAGGUAAUCGUCAUUCGACUACGACAGAAACGCGAAGUAAAGUGACCGAUGAGCUCCCAGGUCAUAGACGCCAUCCUCCACCGCCUCUUUCUCCAAACUCGAAAGAAGAUAUACACUAUCCACGUGACGGGACUGUUAGUCGACCUCGAAUUUCAGAUGGUUCUAAAGCUGCUACUCCAUUAACUCCUACCAGACAUUCAUCAAAAAAUCUUGGUGACGAUCCAGAGAAAAGAAAAGGACAACAAAAGCUAUACGACGACGAAUUCAAAAAUGGAAAUAGAGAACCAAUGCCAUUGGAUCCCAGGAAACCAAUUACACAGUUUAAUUAUGGCAUACUUCAACAUCCAGAUGAAUAUAAUUAUUUAGCUGAAGCAGAAAAACAAAAACCAACUAUAGAUUUUGCAUCAGAAUUAUCUUAUGAUAGUAGUCUUUAUGGUAAAAUUAGCCAAGGUUCCGCUCGAAAACAACCACCAAUUAAGCAUUAUGAUAAGUAUAAGGAUAAAAAACCUGAUAAACCAUAUCGUCAUCCACCGCCACCUCAACCUACUGAUCAUGACCAAACAAAACGUUUAGACGAUAAACCAAGCCCAAAACCAGGCAGAAGAUCAGGCCAUGGAAUGGUUUCAGUUGAUGAAAAUUAUUAUGUAAAUGUACCUGGUUCAGGUCCACCAGUUAUUCGUCCACCAUACAAUGGACACAAGAGAUCACUGCAAGAUUUAAGUGAACGUUCCGGCCCUCAUAGUGCUUAUGAUCCUAGAUUGGGCGAUACAGUUAUUCAACCAAGUAAACCUAGAACCAGUGAUAGAAUAUCGGAUCAAAUGCCUGAUUAUUAUGAUCAAUAUACAUCGGAUGAAAGUGAUUAUGAUGAUUCAGGAGAAUCGGAUGAAGAACUUAGACCGCCAGCAUUACGUACAAUAACUCAGACAAGGAGACGAUCUGAACCAGAACCUUCGAACAAUUAUCCACCUGUACAAUUAAGAAAACAGUCAAAAGGACAAAAAACUGGACAGUCAAUCACAUCAAUUCGUGAUAGCCUUAUUAGUCCUGAAGGUAUGUCAAUUCCUUCCACUCCGGGUUAUGAAAAUAUUUAUGGUAUUUAUUAUAAUGAUAAAACAGGUAAAUACAUGAAAGGACUAGAUCGUGAUCAUUCAAAUGGAAUGUCACAAGAACGUAUAUCACGACCACGUUCUAAACAUACAACUGCAACAAGUCGAAGUUCUGGUUAUUACGGUGUUAAUGGUUCAAAACACAGUUUAAUAAUCAGUACAAAACGUCGAACAUUAAGUGGUUUAACUGGUACCCACCCAUCAAAACAUCGUUCCAGUUCAAUGAAUACUUUAUGGUUCGGUGAUCAUCCUGUACCAUCGGAACAUACAAUCUCGCCAGCUACACCAGUUAGAUUAUCAAAUAUACAAAUACAAGCUCAAGCAGAACUUGAACGUCGACACAGAUCAUCUUCACAUGGACAUAGUUUAGAUAGAAAAUCUAUAUAUAGCACAGGAAUGACAGAAAGUCAUUUGUCCAAAGGUUUAAGUGAUUAUCAUCAAGGUUAUGAAGGAAUUGGUUAUGCAUAUGAUAAUCGAGGAAGAUUAAUACAUGGUGGUGCAUGUUUACCUGAACGUUCAGCUAGUCGUAAACGUCGAUUAUUAGAUGGUCAUGAAAGUUUAUCAAGAGUAUGGAUACCACAAAGUGGUGAACACUAUCCAAUUAAACAAAUAUCUGAUAAGACACCUAGUUCGCUAAUGAAUCGUGAUGAACGACAAGCACAAUUGGAUAAUUCAGCGAUGGCAUUUGCUUUACGGGAUUUUAAUGCGCCUAAAAUUCGGUGAGCUCAAACAAUAUAACAGUAAUAUUCACAUUACAUCUAUAAUAUUAUCUAUCUGUCUGUCUAUCUAUCUAUCUAUCUAUCUAUCUAGACAGAAACGGGUUUCGAAUAAAUCACAUCGGAAUCAUGAUGAUGAUAAUGCUAAUAUUAAUAGUAAUAAUAAUAAUAAUAAUAAUAAUGAUAAUAAUAAUAUUAAACAUGUAACCCAUCGUACCGCUAUACGCAACAAAUCAGAUAGCAUUAAGAAACAUCAAUGCAGACCAUCCAUUCUCAAUUGUUGUAUGCGAUAGUCUUACAUUUCUUUGCUUAUAUCAUCAUGAUCAUUAUUUAUCUGAUUGGCAAUGUUUUGAUUAACCCUGAUUAUAAUUGAUUUAUUUUAUUCAUUAUUAUUAUUAUUAUAUUUUCUUAUGAUUCCAUUUAUUUUUUAAUUGAGUAAACUAAUUUCUAUACCUGCAUAGUGAUUAAUCUUAAUCUAUGGCUGUGACCUUUCAUGAAAAGUUUUGGCUUGUGUUCAGUUUUUUUUUCAAAUCUUAGUUACAUCCACAAGUUUUCUGUGUGUGUGUUUAUGUUACCCAAGCACUUAAACUAUCAACACAAAAACAGAAAACAUAUCAGUCCAGUUUAAUUUUUUCCUUUUUUUUAAUGGUUUUAACCAAGAAAUAUGAAUAAUUUGUUUGUUUAUUAUUUUGUUUUUAUUUACACCGUUUUCAAUCAGUAUAUUCCCUGAUUGCUGUGAAUAUUACCGAAUAACAAAAGCAGUUUUUUUGACUUUUAUUUUUUUUACUACUGAUUAUAGUAAUAUCAGUAGUAAUAUUAGUUCUCAGAGAUUUUAUACUCGUGUAUUUGCGUGAAUCAAAACAUAUUUCUAGAUUAUAUGUCCAUAGUAUCAUGGUUUCCUAACAUACUAUAAGGUUGGUUGUAUUAGAAGGGGGUUUUAUGGAGUGUUCUCUCACUACAAUGCUACUUGGGUUGCCUAAAAUGGAGUAGAUAAAGUGUGAUUUGAAGUUGUAACAUAUCAUUCGAAAGUCGAGUAAGUUAACCGCUAAACUAUUGGCUCUGUCACUCUGAUGAUUAUUAAAUUGACAAUUGAGAGUUGUGAGAAUCCACGACCCCACCUGCCGAGAUUCGAACACAGGACCUACUGGUUUUUUACGCGAACGUUUAAUCUCUAGACCAUUCGACGGUGUUGUUGUCUAACAUCAACUAAUCCACGAAAUUGAGCG